AUGGUGACUGACGUCCAGCUGGCCAUCUUUGCCAACAUGCUUGGCGUCUCGUUGUUCCUGCUUGUCGUCUUGUACCAUUAUGUUGCUGUCAAUAAUCCCAAGAAGCAGGACUAAAAUGCCCCUGGAUAACCAGAAAGGUUACAUGGGAAUCAAAGCCAACACCGUCUGUCCCCAUUCCAAAACAUGAAUUUCUGUUUGCACAAGUUUGGUUUCUAAUAAAAAUGUUUGAAAUUCA